UUUUUUACAAAAGAAAAAUAAAAACAAAAAAGAUAUUUUUUAUUUUUAAGUCCUACUGGUACUCGUGCUAUUCGUCGUUUUGUUCCAAUGGUGUGGAUUGAUCAAUUAAUAAAUCUUAAUGAUGAAACAAUGUAUCGAUUAAAAAGUGUUACUUCUGUUCUAGGAAAACUUCAUAAUGUUCAUCAAUUAUUUAAAUUAAGUUAUAUAAUUUUUAUAUGUUUAUUACUUAUUUCUAUUGUGAUUAUAAUAGAAUUAUUUAUGUUUAAUCGACGAAAUAAAAUGAAUAAAAAUGUUUUAUAUCAAGUUAGUAAAGAUCAAGAAAAAGAAUUAUUGAGUAUCAACAAUGGUGACAACUUAAGAUGA